ACCCUGGGUUACAGGAAUGCAGAUCCAAAUACCUGAGCAAGUUUUGACGCGUGAUAAGAACUCCCAGGCCACGUACGCGUGGGUUCUCCUCCGUGCAGUACAACCUGAACCGUGUCCAACUCCAUACACGUCCCAGACACUCCUCAUGUUACCGGCAGCAGCCGCCGCGCGGGCCCGGGCCCAAGCGCUUCUCUGGCGGACACUCUCCAGCCGACGACCGCGGCCGGCAGCGGCGAGCCAAGCCCACACGCAGGUUGACGUCGGCGGUGAUGGCACCGGACGGACCGGCGAGGGAAUCCGCGUGGACUUCGAGCAGACCAGAGAGGCUUACAAGAGUAAAGAUUCGCUGGAGAUACUAAGAAGUUUGCUGGUUCUCAAGAUGUGCUCCUACGACUUCCUGGUUGACAAGAACGAAGAGCUGAAACAAACAGAGAUCCCCCGUCUGGUAUCUGAAAAUGUAUCCAAAAGAUCCUUCCAUCCCGUGAGCUUCCAAAUCCCCUUUUUCACGCAAAGACUCGGAUGGUGGCAUCUGAGUACGAUUCAGAAAAAUCCUGCUUUUCUGCGGGGCGUCGAGAUCAUGGAUUUUGGGAAGAAGGUGCUGGGUCAGAAGGCCUUUGAUCAGCUGAUGAAGAUGACCUUUUACGGCCAGUUUGUGGCCGGCGAGGACCACAAGGCCAUCAAGCCGCUGAUCCGGAAGAACCUGGCCUUUGGUGUGGGCUCCGUGCUGGACUACAGUGUGGAGGAGGACAUCAGCCAGGGGGACGCUCAGCAGACACCAAUGCACUCAAGUGCAUCUGGUCCGCAGACAGGGGGCAAAGGCAACGACUACAGCGAGGAGUUUGGUGAAUCCCAUACGUAUUUCCAUGCAGAUGAGAGCAAAUGCGAUCAACAUAUGGAAACAUUCAUUAAAUGUAUCCAAGCAUCUGGCGGGAGUUCGAUGGACGGCUUCUCGGCCAUCAAAAUGACCGCUCUGGGACGUCCGCAGUUCCUGCUCCAGUUCUCCGAGCUCCUGGUGAAAUGGCGGCGAUUUUUUCACUUUCUGGCAUCCAAGCAGGGUGGAGAUGGCGCGGAUGUCUUGGAGCAAAGGCUGGACCUGACACAGUUGCAGGAUUUUUUAAACAGACUGGGUGAAAGAGGUGACGUUUGCAAUGCAUUCGCUGCAGGGAGAGACGCCUCAGGAAGUAUUGACCUCCUGGACUGGAACAGCCUCUUAGAUGACAGAGCAAACCUGUCUGAGAUGCUUCUCGUCCCGAACGUUCAGCUCGGCAAGCUGGAGCCUCUGCUGAAAGACUUCGCUGCAGAAGAAGAGGGACAAAUGAGGAGGAUAUUACAGCGGAUGGAUGUUUUAGCAAAGCAUGCUGUAGAAAACGGCGUCCGCUUGAUGGUGGAUGCAGAGCAGACCUACCUGCAGCCGGCCAUCAGCAGACUGACUCUGGAGAUGCAGAAAGUCUACAAUAAAGACAAGCCGGUCAUCUUCAACACAUACCAAUGUUACCUAAAGGAGGCGUACGACAACGUAACGUUGGAUGUGGAACUAUCUCGGCGCGAGGGCUGGCACUUUGCUGCCAAGUUGGUGCGGGGGGCCUACAUGCAUCAGGAGCGGAAAAGGGCCUUGGAGUUGGGUUAUGAGGACCCCAUCAACCCUGACUAUGAGUCUACCAACACAAUGUACCACAGAUGUUUGGAUUACGUGCUGGAUGAGAUUGCGCUCAACCGGAACGCCAACGUUAUGGUUGCAUCCCAUAAUGAGAACACAGUGAAACACACACUGAUGAGAAUGAACACGCUUGCUCUGUUGCCCAGUGACAAUAAAGUGUUUUUCGGCCAACUGCUGGGCAUGUGUGACCAGAUCAGCUUCCCACUGGGCCAAGCAGGCUUCCCGGUCUACAAGUACGUUCCCUACGGCCCGGUGAGCGAGGUGAUGCCCUACUUGACUCGGAGAGCCCAGGAAAACCGAGGCUUCAUGAAGGGCGCCCAGAAGGAGAGAGAUCUGUUGUGGAAGGAGCUGAAACGCAGACUCGCCUGCGGGGAGCUUCUCUAUAGGCCGCUCUACUGAAAGCACACAGGAGGAGAUAACGUCAAGGUUUUUUUUUCAUCCCCCUCCCCUCCUCAUCUUCUGGGCUGUCUCCAACCCAUCUUUAUGUUUUAUCUCUGUGUCUGCAUUUCAUUCCUUUCUGUCUCCCCCUGCAAAGCCACCGGCACCCAUCAGUUGUCGAUGCGCUAUCCCCCUAUACAUCUUUUUUCCGCACCUCUCUUUGUCUGCAGAGCUCCGGCAUCAAUCUCGCCAGCAUCUUUAGUGCUCUAACAGGAAUUGUGAAAAUGUCAACAAGUCCUAUGCGGGCGUCGCUUUUCAUCCCCGCCAUUAAUCACGAGCAAGGACACAACUUACAGGCGUCAUUUAAAUGCCAGUGGAGGAAUCAUCUGUAAUGUUUAAAUAUUAAAAGGAGCCAUAUGUAACAAUUCCAUGUCAAGUCAUCAUUAAAUGGCCCUGAUAUGUCAAAAGGCAUUAAUAAAUCAUGUUCUUUUCCAAUACCUCUAUAAGUGAUAACAGUAGUUCAGCUGGGAUAUGCUCAUUUCAAAAUUAGAUUUACAGCCCAGAAAUAUUGUUAUUGUUUUCAUUUCGAUGCCCCGCCCUCCACCGUUUGACCAAUUAGAAAGUCUGUGAGUGUGUCACAUCCAGGUUGCCAGUCACGCACCGCCAUCUUGGUCUGGCUACUGCCACUGGUAAAGUUACUAAACAUGUCAGACCUUAGUAAAUCUAAAAGUUACCAUAAUCAACUUAUUCAUGACAAAGCCAGGAACAAAACCAGUAUUUGUAUCGGGGAUGCCUUUGAAAGAUGGAGACGAUUGAAGGCGGAGAAGAUUUUUUCAUCUGACGCCAAACUUGCUUAUUUCCUCCUUGAUCGGUAAGUCGGGCAUUUACGUUUUCUUAUUACUUGUAAUAAAUGGAAAUGGACAUUUGGUAUGUAAAAUAUAUUGUCCAAUACAGUCUAUGAUCUUGUCUAACAAAGCUAGUAUGUUCCUGCAACCAAUGCUUAGUGUGAUGGUGCUUAGCUCCUAGUGUAAUGCUUUGCAUGCUAGCCCAAUCAAUGACACAUCAACGGGGGAAAUAUAUGCCUGUUAGCCUGUAUGUCGAUGUGUAUUCCAACUGCCAGGGUAAAAUAUAUUUUGGACAAAUAAAACCUAUGUGGUUAUGGGUAGUGUCAGUGCCUAUUUCCCUCUCAAAUGAGGAAAUGGGUUCCAACAUUAGCACAGCUGUCAUCAUGGCAAUGUGAAAGGUAUGGAGACAGACAAAUCACAUGAUGAAAUAAUUCCUCAUUGGUGUAGCCUGUAGGCAUACCUUGGUAAAAUGUCUCCUCUUUAGUUUUGGACGUACAUUAGGUUGCUAAGCAUGCUCUACUUAUUUUCACCAGUAUAACCAUUGCUAGCGUUGGUUGUAGUUGGUUUUAGUCUUUGUUUUCUGAUAGUACUGACAAUAACCAUGAUUGCCAUUAGUUGUGAUAUUGUACGCAGGCAUGACGUAUUUCUGCCUGAAAAUAGCCCAAUUUCUGUGCCAAAUGUGUUGGUUAGAGAUUUGUUAUUGACAAAACGCUUGUCUAUUCAGCUAUUAUGGUCCCAGCACCUCAACCCCUAGUAAGAGGCAGUGGAAGUUUGAAGUUCCUUGGAAUAGCUCAGUACAUCCAGCUGGAUGGGGCUGCGUAUCUGGCAACCUCAGUCAGGGAAGGAGGGAGGGGAAUACAGAAUUUUGACUGUGAUUGCAGUAACCUUUCUGGCCACAUUAUUACAUAUGGCACCUUUAAAUAUAUAUUCCUUUAAAAAAAUAAGGGACACCAUAAUCAAAAUCUUGUUCCAGGAGUUGCUACUUGUGCCUUCAGGGGGAAAAAAAGAGCUAUGUUGUGUAUAUAUUGAGAACAAUGCUUUGUAUUCAGGGUGGGAAUUCUCUUUUAAUACAAAUGCCUGCAGAUGCCUCAACACAAGAUAAGACUCACAGGUACACUUUCACACCCUAAUGAGAUCCAACACAUGAACUGUAUUGAUGUUGCAUUGUUGUUGUUGCUGUUGUUGUUUUGUGGUGCAGAAUACUGAGAGCAGUCAGCUUCAUACCUCUGACAGCAUCAAUCAAAACAUAAGCAUAGGUGCAUUAUUGUCUUUGUAAAAGCAGUGGAGGUGCAUUAAUAAAAACCUCAAGUAAAUGCCUCUUUUUUUUUCUUCUCGUGCCACUAGAUGGCUGUACACGCUUUUAGGUUUUUUUAAUUAGAUUUUAUUAAAAUGUUUUAUUUUGUUUCAGUUUAUUUCAAACAUGCAUGCAACACAAUUACAAUAUAAUGUGUCACGUCGUGGUCGCAUGUUUGUGCGCUGGUCGUUUACCCAAGAUGCAGACGGACGUCAGGAAGCAGCGUGCAGGUAGGAAGAAUGAUUUAUUCCAGUAAAUCAAGCCCAAAAUGCAAAAAAAGUGCCAAUGGCACGGAAAGCUAAAGUUCAGAACAAGCCAAAACAAUAACAAGAAGCAAAAACUGCCAGACAGAGUGUUGCGAGAGGCAGGAAUAAAUAGCUCUCUGAUUAGUGACCAGGAGCAGGUGAGCGUCCCGACCACUAAUCAGAGGCAGGUGACGUUAAUCAGCACUCAUGGCAACAAAGAAAACAAACCAGGGUGCUGGAACAGAACUAAAUCAGCAACCAAGGAAAUACCAAACCAAACAAAAUGGAUCAUGACAGUAUCCCCCCUUAAGGGACGAAUUCCAGAUGUCCCAAGAUAAUUAAAAAAAAAAAAAAAAAAGAACAAGUCCAAAAUCACGGGAGGGCGGAGGGAGGACUUGGCCAAUUGUCCCCGAAUCAACUGGGCGACCACGGAACUGUGGCAAAUUGGGAACAGGUGGGUGCCAUG